CUCGUCCAUCAUUUGCGAGCGUCGCGUCGCGUUUGAGUACGUCACGCCCGUGUGUUCAGUGGCAGGCAGCGAUUUGAGACAAUACGGCUUUCUAUUAGGGACAGUCUUAUAAUGAAAGCCGCUCUGAACCGCUUUCACACAUUCAUCCACAGAAAGCGGUGGAGCUUUAUGUCUCUCUGCUGAUGCAGUACCAAAGCAGACACCUGAAACGGUUUCUCUAGAAAUAUUUGCCUGCAGAAGACUUAAGUGCGUCUGAAUGAGCUCAGCUAUGGCGACGCGACUCUCUGACUUGUUUGGAAACAGCCGGAUAAUUGCAGGACUGCUGGUCAACUUACUGUCUUCGAUCUGUAUAGUGUUCAUUAACAAAUGGAUCUAUGUGCACUAUGGCUUUCCCAACAUGACCCUGACUCUCAUUCAUUUCGUAGUGACAUGGCUGGGGCUGUUCACGUGCCAGAAGAUGGAUAUAUUCUCCCCCAAGAGUCUCAGACCUUCUAAAAUCAUCCUGCUGGCUCUGAGUUUCUGUGGGUUUGUUGUUUUCACCAAUCUGUCUCUCCAAAGCAACACUAUAGGAACAUAUCAGCUGGCCAAGACCAUGACAACACCUGUGAUUAUAGUCAUCCAGACCAUGUACUACAGAAAGACAUUUUCCACAAAGAUUAAACUGACUCUAGUGCCGAUCACUUUAGGGGUCAUACUGAACUCUUACUAUGACGUGAAGUUCAAUCUUCUGGGGAUGAUCUUUGCCACACUUGGGGUCUUUGUAACCUCGCUGUAUCAAGUGUGGGUCGGUGCCAAACAGCAUGAGCUUCAGGUGAACUCUAUGCAGUUACUGUAUUAUCAAGCACCCAUGUCUUCAGCGUUUCUCUUGGUCCUGGUGCCAUUCUUCGAACCCCUUACCGGAGAGGGUGGUAUCUUUGGCCCCUGGUCAUUUCAGGCCCUGGGCAUGGUUCUGCUGUCUGGUGUUAUUGCCUUUCUGGUCAAUUUGUCCAUUUACUGGAUCAUUGGGAACACGUCUCCUGUUACCUACAACAUGUUUGGACACUUCAAGUUCUGCAUCACAUUACUGGGUGGGUAUGUCCUCUUCCAGGACCCCUUGUCCUUAAAUCAAGGUCUGGGCAUCCUCUGCACACUCAGUGGCAUCCUGGCAUACACUCAUUUCAAACUGGCAGAGCAGGAGGAGGGCAAAAGCAAGCUCACACAGAGGCCAUAGGCCCGCUGAUGUGCCAAUCAACAAGAAAGCCAGUGUUCAGUGCCUGAUUUGUUCAGGAAUAGCUAGCGAUGGCUCCUGCACAGGAGCGUGAAGACUAACCAAACAUAGACUGGGAGGAUGUAGGUUUAAGCCAUAGAGGCUGAGAACUUUUAAUAGCAUUUCAAUCUUUUUAAGAGUUUAAUUUGUAUUCCAAGUAUUCAAUAUUUGCAAAUAAACCUGCAAAAAUAUGCCGUUUGAGAGAAAAACUCUGAAACUGCUGAAGCAGUUUGUAAGUGUUCUUUUAUAAUGUAUUUUUCAA